CUAAAACCCACAAUAUUUGUGUCAAUAGUUUUUAAUUUGUAAUAUUCGUGGUAAAUUAAAAAAAAAAACAAUAUUUGUGUCAUUCUCCCCGUGGAUAUCUCUCUUCUUUUUUCACUUUUUUCCAUGAUGACAAUAAGUGGGCAGAGACUUUUUGGUUUGCACUCCACUCCCCCACACGCAUACUUCCCUUCCCUUCCCUUCCCUUUACGCUCUUUCUCUCCACCUUUCCUCCGCCAAUCCUGCCGGCAAAGUGACUGGAAAAUGCUUCACCAUCCGCUUCCUCCGCCGUCGCCCACCAGCUCAUCCGUUUCCUCUUCCGAUCUCGACACCGAGUCAACAGGCUCGUUCUUCCAUGACCGGAGCACCACACUAGGAACCCUAAUGGGGGUAACGUUCCCCGCCGCCGCCGGAGGUGGCCCUCCUUCUACAUCAGAUCAACUCCAAUCAACCCACCAAUUCGCCACCCCCGCUGGCACGAAUCCCAAUUCCAACUCCAGGAAGCAGAGGAGGGCCAGGAAGAGGAAAAUCCCGCCGGCGCCGCGGCCAGCGACCGCGGCGGCGGAGAGGCGUAGGAGGUGGUGGAGUCUGUGCAGGGACGCGGAGGCGAAGCCGGCCUACUCGCUGGGGGAGUUCCUCGAGGUGGAGAGGAGGUACGGGGACGCCGCCUUCUUCAACGCCGAGGAGGAAGCUGCCGCGGCGGCGGCGGGUGCGGAGGUGGAGGGUGGGUUCGUCGGGCGGGCGUUGUUCGCCGACGGGAGGGUUUUGCCACCUGCAGAAGCUGUUGGUGGCGGUGGGGCGUCGUCGUCGGCGGUGAGAGGAGCGCUGAGCAGAUUUCCGGUGUCGCUGACUGGGAUCUGCAGUGGUGGUGUGGGAUAAGAUAAAAUAAAUAAUUUAUUACUUUUAAUUCACCAACUCCGAAGAUUUGUUUAUUUGGCUGGAUUUGUUAAUUUCCAAUCGUUUGUGGACUUAAUCUUUUGGAAUUGCUCUGAAUUUAUUUGGUUUUUUGUUGAGAAAAGAUGAGGAAUAAUUCGAAGUGGGAUUUAGUUUUGACUGGUUAUUUUGAGAAGAUUGAUUGUGAUAGUAGAAGGCAAAAAACAUUGAUGGAGCUAAUUGCCUGGUUGCAUCUGAUAUACAAAAAAUUCAGAGGAGGAAAUCAGAGUGUGUCUUGUGGUUUGGCUUUAUUCCGGAGAAUAGUUUUGUCUAUGUUUCCUGAUAAGCUACGUAAAAAUAAAUCUACACGUUAUCGUGUCAGCUUCAUAUUUGACCAUGAGUUGUUUGUUACCAUUGAUGUAUGUAAUGCGCUCCUUUGGUGUGUGUGUGUGUGGGGGGGGGGGGGGAUUGGAACAUGAGGUGAUGAUUUACCAGAGAAGAAAAUGAAGGAUAUGGUGUACGGGUGUGUGUUUUGUAGUGUUUCACUUCACAGCAUGGUUGUCACGCAGGCCGGCGUGCUACUGGUUGAACCUGUACCGGUAAUAAAACCGGUAUGACACCAUCAGUAUGACCGGCAUGAUCGAUAUACGAAUCGCUAAGUAAAAUAAUCUUAUAUUAGUGAAUUUAUUUGAUAAAAAGUAAUUUAUUAUUUAUUUUAUGUGUUAAAAAGUGAAAUGUUGAUGUUAUUUGUUGUAUUCAAGUACAAAUAUUUAGGUAUUGACGUUAAAUGGCGUGCUUAAAUAUAAGUAUUUGUAAAUUAUUUGUAAUAUUAACCGGCAGGAACCGACACAAACCGGUAUGUACCACCGGUCGAACCAUUCCACUUGCUAAACCGGCAUAGUAGCACAAACCGGUUUGACAACCUUACUUCACAGACGUCACAUGACUUGAUAAUGGUGGUGGAGGAAAAAAGGUGAAAGGGGAUAGUUUUCUUUUUGUCGAGAUAAGAGCAAUAAGAAGACUACAUACACUGCCAAAAAAAAAAAAAAAAGAAGACUACAUACACUGCCAAAGGCUAUGAUGUGGGGUAACACUAGCAUAUGAUAUGAGUUGGCAAUAAGUUCCAUCAUUUCACCAUCUCCAAUAGUUAGUUGGAUCCAAAUCAGGGUCUCUGUAAAAAUCUUAUCAACUGUGCUGAGGUUUUAUGUUCCGAGUAUUGUCUGAAUGAAGAAUCCUAUGUUGAUCUUCAUAGUUUAGUGUUUGCGAUGCAGAUAUGGUGUGUAGUAACGCCGUUUAUAUUAGUCGGUUAAUUGUUACAGUAUAGUCGGUUAUUGGUUAUUUUGUCGAUUAACUUGAUAAUUGUUUAGCAAGUGAUUCGACAAGAUUAGACCAAAAUAACCGAUCGAUAACCUAACCAACAAAAGAUAUCCUCAUAUUUUCAAUUGUGUUUUUGUAGAUUUGUUUUAUGUGUUCUUUCGUUUUAAAGUUUUAUCAUUCAACAGGAAAUAAUUUAGCAUAGAUAUCAAUCAAUAAUCAACACAAUACAAUACAAGUACACGAUAACAUCAUUAUGCCGUCAAAUUUGAUUAAAGAAGUAGCAAGAAUAUAACACCAAACAACAAUUACUCAACUCAUAAACCUCACCAAAUUGCAUGGAAGCUUAAACGUUGCUUAUCGUUGUCGAGCUAUUAUGUACAAAUCCAUCUUUCUAGAGCCCUUUGAUUGUCAUUUCAACCUAUGUUGCCACUGUUACAAGUAGGAAAGACAAGGGAUCUUGAAGGCCGUCAAACAUCCUAUUAUGUUCGGCCCAUAUUUAUGACUCAUCAAGGCCUAUUAUUUCUAGCCCUAAGUGUUAGGAUGAUUAUAAUAGGUUAAUCAAUUAACUAUUUAGUU